AUGCCUUUCUUUCACCUGCUUCUGCUGUUGGCUGCUGCCCCAGAUGUUCUAGCUUUUCCAGAUUUUGUCAUCGAAAAUGGCAGCCCUGUUCUGGAGAAUGUCUCUGAACAUACACGGGUUGCCAUAAUCACUGUGUCUGUCUCACCUCCCGCUUCUCUGAUUGGAGAUCCUGUUAUCAUUAAUGCCGACCCUGUAGUCCAUCCAUUCGUGCUGUCUCGUCGAUCCACACAUCAGUGGGAAUUACUCACCACUGGAGUACCGAAGCUGGACUUCGAGACGGUGACCCUCUACUCCUUGAUAAUCUAUGCCAAAGACAGCCACGGGGUGACGGCAUCCCAGACCAUUCUAAUCCAGAUUGCGGAUGUGAACGAGCCGCCCACCUUCAGGGGAGCCCUUGCUCAGAGAGACCAAGGUACAGAGCUCUCCUCUUGGGGUAAGAAGGGUCCACUGGUUACUGAGAUUUAUAUCCUGGAAGACACUGCCCCGGGCACAGUCAUUUACAGAGCAGCAGCCGCGGAUCCAGAGGAUGCUGUUUUGGAGUCAUAUGUUCUGCAUCAAAGUGCUUUCCUGGAAAAGCAGUCGGACCGGCAAGCCCUCACCAUACACUUGCCCCUGAAUCUCAUAAGGAGAGUCUCCCGAUUACGAAAGCUGAGGAUGGCACUCUCAUGCCUCAAACCCAUACACAUAUCUGCUAAAAUAAAACCUCUUCGUCACCCCGCCCUCCUAAUGUGUCCCCAUAGUCACAAUGCUGUCUUGACGCGCUCUUACCACCUUCUCUGCAUUUGCCAUCAGUUUUCAGCACUGAGAGGUCGGCGUUUACGUUUCUCACUAGCUAUUAAAGUGGUUGACCCCGGAGGACUGUUCGCUGCCGGGAAUCUAAAGAUUUUCCUCAUCAAUGUCAACAAUAAAGACCCAGUUCUUACCUGCAGUUUGUUCAGUAUUGAAAAUGAUGCCUUGAGUGUCACCUCUAUAAACUCGACUCUGCACAGCGAAGUCAACAUCACACUGGACGAAGAAAUCCCAAUUGGGAAAACGAUUGGAGUGUGCCAGGCAACCGAUGAAGAUAAUCUGGGAGAUUUAACCUUUGAACUAGCUCCAUGGAAUGUUUACUUUGCAAUUGACAAAGAGCACGGGACCGUGGUAACCACUGCACGCCUUGACGUGGAGAGGGCUGGGUUUGCACGCGUUCAGUCCUUCUCCAUUAAGGCCUGUGACCAGGGACAGCGGUGUGCAGCACUUCCCGUGACGGUCUAUGUCCACGGCAUCAAUGACAACUCCCCUUUCUGUGACCAGUAUCUGAUUAGGUACACAGGCAAAGAGGUAAUAGCAAAUAAUACAGUAGUUUCAAAGCUCUUGUGUCAUGACCUUGACGAGCCUCCUGAUAUGAUACAUUAUGCUCCACGCUCAGGGCCAGUGGGGCCUGGACAGCUCUUCAGGCAGGUGCCGAAGGCUGAAAACUGUGUCCAGGUUGCCAAAGCAAUGGAUUAUGAAGACCCAGAGAUGAUUGCUGCUGGACACACCUAUGAAAUGACAAUUUCAGUAUUUGAUGACCCACAUCCCUCCCACACGGUAACUGUGACGAUCAUUGUACAGAUUGCUCCGGCCAAUGAUUUCAGCCCUGUGUUUAAGGCUGCGCACUAUGCAUUCUCCGUUCCAGAAACAGCAGGAGCUUUCUACAAAGUUGGAAGAGUGACCGCCACUGAUGAAGACUACCCACCGAACUGUGUUACGUACAAAAUAGCUAGUGGAGACACCCAAGUUAUACAAAGAUUCUGGAUUCACCCUCUCUCUGGAAUGAUUGAGCUCACCACACAGCCAGACUACGAGACUGUGAAGCAGUAUAACCUCACGGUGGAAGGUGUGGACUGCGACAGACUUCAUCCUCGCACAGCGAUGACCAUGGUCACUGUAGACAUCGAAGAUGAGAAUGACGAGGCACCUGUCUGCACACCCUCUCUCUAUAAGGCCGUCAUUUUUGACAAUGUUGUUGCUGGGACAAACGUCAAUGGCUUCAAACUAAACUGCCACGACAGAGAUUCACAAGAUUUUGAAAUGCGCUUUGAGAUAGUUUCUGGAAAUGAGAACCAUCACUUUGGAUUUGACCCAACUCGAGGUUCAAAUACUCCAAAAUUAAUUGUGAAGAACCCGUUUCACUUUGAAUCUGGAGCUGAAUUGCAGCGGCAGUACCAUCUCAUGGUCCACAUAAUCGAUGACAACCUGAAAUACGGCAAAGCCACCAAGCCUAGGACAGGCACUGCUAUUAUAGAUAUUUAUGUGGCAAGGGCCAACGUGCCACCGCCUGCAACCACCAGCUCUGAAGUAAAGAGUUAUGGAUUUUAA